AUGCAUCCAUUCCUCUUAAGUUGUGCUUAUCCUUUCGUUUCAUCGGCCUCGGCUCCCCAACUGACGACACAGCGUCCUCCUGAGUACUGGUGCAACAUCGCCUACUUCGAACUCGAUCAGCAGGUAGGUGAACUCUUCAAGGUACCCAGCCACUACACGCGAGUCAUCGUCGACGGCUACACAGACCCCUCCAGCCGAAACCGCUUCUGUCUGGGUCAACUUUCCAAUGUACACAGGUGA